GUUAUUGUGGCUGAGACAGCAUCGUCGACAUAUUUUUGGUACCUUCUAAUAAUAAUUUUGUAAUACUAUCUCUACUAAUUACAAAAUUCCAAAUAUACGUAAGACGGUAUCGAUUUCAUAUUAGGAGUUACUCAAAUCCGAGGCAAUCUAUUUCAGUACAAAUCAUUUUUGUGCAGUGAAUGUGUGACAAUCUCGUGCGAUCUACCGAUAGUAGACCAUAUACGCUCAUUUAGUGAACAAUCUCCAGGUGACUGAUGGGAAAUUGGAUUUAUUGAGUGGCUGACGUGAAAUAUACCCACGAAAUUUUAUGAUAUCAUCUUCUGGAGUAUUAGCUCAUCAUUAUGAAGCACUCUGUAUGCGGAGCUUCAUCUUCAUAGCACUUCGAUUUGAGAAUGAAGGUAUUUGUUAGUUUAAAUUGCCCUAACACAACAAGUGGCCGAGGAAUCCCCGACAGUGGCGCAAAUGGGG